AUGCGAAUGUCUUAUCCAUCUAUGGCCACUACUCCUGAAAUAGAGAUUGCUGAAAGUGGGACAAUUUUGGACAAUAAAGGAAAAUUCACUGAUUUGAAGGCAAUGCUUGACAGCAAUAAAGAAAAUGUUAAAAUGGAUGCAAUGAGACGGAUAAUUAAUAUGGUUGCAAGGGGUAAAGAUGUUUCUGAUUUAUUUCCUGCUGUUGUAAAAAAUGUUGCGGCAAAAAAUUUGGAGCUAAAAAAGUUAGUUUAUGUAUAUUUGGUUCGUUAUGCUGAAGAACAACAAGAUUUGGCACUUUUAUCAAUCAGUACUUUUCAACGAGGAUUAAAAGAUCCAAAUCAAUUAAUUAGGGCAAGUGCUCUUCGUGUUCUUUCUUCAAUUAGAGUGCAAAUGAUUGCCCCUGUAAUGAUGUUGGCUAUUCGAGAUUCUGUACGCGAUAUGAGUCCUUAUGUCCGCAAAGUUGCCGCUCAUGCCAUUCCAAAAUUGUAUGCGCUUGAUCCGGAAUUGCAAAAUCAAUUAAUUGAAUGCAUUGAUUUUUUACUUGGAGAUAAACGAACACUUGUUCUUGGGUCUGCUGUAUAUGCAUUUGAAAAGACAUGCCCUGAACGUUUAGAUUUAUUACAUAGACAUUUUCGAUUACUUUGUCGGGCAUUAGCUGAUAUUGAUGAAUGGGGGCAAAUUGUUAUGAUUGGAUUAUUAACACGUUAUGCACGUACACAAUUUUUAGCACCCCCAGACAAUAAUCUUACAACAAAUCGACAAAGUUUUAGUAAAACUAAAAGUUUUGAUAGCGAUGGAAGCGAGGAUAAUCAAUUAAAUAAAACAAAAUCACCUCAAACGCUAGAUCCCGAUCACAAUCUUCUACUAGUUGCUGUGCGCCCAUUAUUGCAAAGUAGAAAUCCAGCUGUUGUUAUGGCAGUAUCCCAAUUACUUUAUUAUAUUGCCCCAUUUGCCCAACUUUCUGCGGUCCCACGUGCUCUCGUUCGUCUUUUGCGUGGAACAAAUGAAGUUUCCUAUAUUAUUUUGGUUAAUAUUGCAAGUAUGAUAUGUUCAAAUAAUUCUAGAUGGGAAAAUGAAAAAAUUAAAGAAGAAAAUGAAAAAGAAGGAAAAAAUAUAAAAGAAACAAUUUUGUCAAUUAAUAAGACUUUAUUUUCACCUUUUCUAAAAAGUUUCUUUGUUCGAUCUUCUGAUGCUAUGCAAGUUAAGAAAUUAAAAUUAAAUGUUUUGACUUGUUUAGUGGAUGAAUCUAAUGUUCAACUUGUUAUUAGAGAAUUACAGGCUUAUAUGCAAAUGACUGAUUUGGCUGAAGAAGCUGUAGAAGCUAUAGGUCGUUGUGCUUUAGCUGUCCCCUCAGCUGCAUCUGAAACUUGUUUAGCAACAUUAGUUAGAAUUAUAUCUGAUCCAAAUGCUCGGGAAGAGAUUGUUUGUGUUGCUGUUGUUGUGUUGAAACGUUUAUUACAUUCUGAUGCUCCUUUGAAUUUGUUAAAGAGAGUUUCUCGACUUAUGGAAAAUGUGAAGGCCCCAUUAGCACGUGCUUGUAUUCUUUGGUUAAUUGGCAUGCAUAUUAAUAAAGUACCUAAUAUAGCUCCUGAUUUGUUGAGAAAAGUGGCUAAAACGUUUACUGAUGAAGCCGAUUGUGUUAAGCUUCAAGCACUUAAUUUGGCGGUUAGAAUAUAUAUAAUCGAAACUUUAAAAGACAAUAAGAACACUAGAAUAAAUUUACUUAUUGACUAUAUUUUCCAAUUGGCACGUUAUGAUCGCUCUUAUGAUAUUCGUGAUCGUUGCCGUUUCCUACGGAAUAUGCUGUUUUCUAAUUGUUCCUCAACUUCCUCUGCUAUUGUUGAACAAAAAAUAUUUGAUGAUAAUUUUUCGAGCUCUUCUAUAACUAACAAUAAAUCUGAGGAAUUGAAUAAUGAAGAAUUAACAAAUAAUAAUUCCUCAAUUGAAAAAAAUAUUUUAAAUGGAGAAACAAACUUUCAAAAAGAUGAUGAAGGAAUAGUUAAAUUCCCUUUGGAAAUAUUUUUAAGUGAUCGUCCAGCUCCAUUAAUGCAAAAUCCUUUUGCUGACAGAGUUGAGCAUUUCCAACUUGGAACACUUUCUCAUCUUUUAAAUCAGAAAUGUUCGGGUUAUGAGCAUUUACCUGACUUUCCAACUGUUCAACCUGACCCUACUAUUCGUCGAGAUGCAUAUCCUUUACCUUCUGAUUCGCUUGAAGCUGCUAAUCAACUUGUAAAAACUAAAAAGUUAAGUGUGGAAGAUGAAUAUACAAGUGUUGAAUCUGGCUCUGAUGAAGAGGAAGAUGAGGAUGAAGAAGAGUAUGAGGACGAGGAGGAGGAUGAAGAAGAUGAAGAGGAUGAAUCAGAAGUGGACGAACCUCAAAAAGAAAUAAAAACAUCGCCGAAAAAAGAUGAAACCAAACAAGUUUUAAAAUCUUUAAAAACGGAUGAAAAAGAGUCAAAUGAUGAUUUGUUAUUAUUGGGAAUUGAUUUUGGAACGUCUUCAAUUAAUACAACAUCCACCGACUUUGUUAUGCCGAAUGUGGAUUUGCCUGUUCGACGCUCUGCAUGGCUGCGUGCUUCGGCACAAUGGGCAAAUGAGGAAUUUACAUUUAAUUUUGUUGCUCCAGUUGUUUCUGGUGGUCUUUCAAUUUUUGGCCGUUUUUGUCGUUCUCCAUGUCUUUAUUCAGGUUCUAUGGUGUGUAUUGAAUUGCAAAUAUGUUUUAAAAAUACGCAAAUAAAUUCAAGUAAUGUCCUUUUGGCACCGGCUUCGAAUUGUUUGCUACAAACAAGCGGCCCAUUUACUCUUAAUGGACUUGGGGAAGGUGAACGUCGACGUGUAACGAUUGGAAUAGAUUUUGGUGAUACUGCACAAGCGUCGGAAUGGACGGUGAAAUGGGGGCCUGAUGGAGAAAGAUUUGUUCGGUUUGAAGUGAAGGCUCCAUAUGGAGAACAAAUUGAAUCUGUUCAAAUAUCUCAAAAUGAUUUUCUUAAACAACGCAGUCUUCUUAGUGGAAUGAAUCAAAUUAAAAUAAACAAUUUAAAAUUACCUUCUGAUUUAAUUUUGGUUCGAGAAUUAUAUAAAAUUUGUAAUUGUAAACAAGUUGUUGGCGAAGAUGAAAUUGAAUUGGGAAAAAAUUUAUCUUUUGCUGCUCAAACUGUGUCAAACAAAACACUUGUAUUAAUUUCAUUCUUUCCGGAAACUUCGAAAUUAGAGCAAAAUACUUCAAAUUAUUCAACUUUUUGUUUGCAACUUAAUUGUGAAAAUAUUACUUUUGCUUCGAUGUUGGCACAAGAAUUGACGAAGCAUUUUGGUACUUUUGUUGUUAAUAAUUAA